UCUCUCUCUCCCUCACAAAAACCAGCGAUGACGUUCGGACCCUCCCGCGGACGGAGCCUGCCUUCCCCGCCCGGCGGAGACGACAGCAUCAUCCGCCUAUCGAGAUCAGCGGCAGCGCCGCCUCAGCCACCCUGGCCCAUCUGUCUCCAAGAAAGCCCCUGCCGCCGCCGAGGACGUAGGAGCGGGGGCUAGAUGGCGAGGAGACGGAAAGCCCGCGGGGCGUCGAGGUGCGGCCGUCGGGGGCCGCCCCGAGGAGGGCCUCUGUGGGAAGAAGCUCUUGGCGGAGCUCGGAGGUCUAGGGGCACGGGUGGGGAAAGGAGAGGGGACGCCGAAGGCUCCUCGGGAGCUCAGUAGAUCUUCGUGGUGUCGCUUGCGCCAAUGCCCGAUUCUUGAUUCAUCGGCAAGAACUGGGUUUUUACGAGAGGAGCUGAUGCAGCAAUCCAAGGAAAAUAAGAGAGGAACUGUGCAGUUGAAGAAUUAUUACGAGAGCGUAGACUGUACAAACUUUUAGACUGUUCUCCAACUGAUCUCAAGAUGGCGGUUCUCUUGUGAAGAAGUAUGAGGCAUCUUCGUUUCAGACAGUAUCGGCUCAUAUUGGCUGGAGGAGGAGAUGAUGAUGAACUUCAAGACUUGUAUUUCCAGAAAAUUCAAUUAAAGUUGCACAGUGAAACUUAAUGAUGGAUGGAUUUUUUAUUAGUGCAAAUACAAAGAAGUUGUUCCCCUCGAAGUGCUCAUUGUUUAAGGGAAGGGCACGAUCGAUGAUGGAUGGGCUCAGAUAUGUCUUGCAUGCAAUUUUGGAUGACGUGCUGAUAAUGUCCGGAUCUCAUUAACAACAAGCUCAUGGAUUCCCGGUGGAGGGGGAUGGCGUAUGACCGGGGCCAGGGAUGUGGAACCCACGGGUGGGACCCAUCUCAUCAAUCCGAGGUGGGAUCCUCUACGAACAUCCGAGCCCCCGCCAACCAGCAAAUUGAAGACAGCAGAGAUGGGGAUGGGACAAGAAUUGGAAGGGAUCCAUGCUAGCCCUCCUUCGGAACCGUCUGUCAUCUCCGACCCCCUCAAUGAAACAAACGAAAUCGACGACACUGACAUGAAGAUGGGAGGAGGAAGAGGAGCCGACGUGAGGAAGGGGCUCAUCGUGCCGGUCGCCGUUGAUGAGGAGACACCGACGACGAAGGCGCCCUUGGGCUCCGCGCCCAAGGACUUGUUCCACAUCGCCUACGCCGUGUACUUCACCCUGGGUGCGGGGUUCCUCCUGCCGUGGAACGCCUUCAUCACCGCCGUGGACUACUUCAGCUACCUCUACCCGGGCGCCCCCGUCGACCGCGUCUUCUCCGUGGCCUACAUGGUCAUUGGCCUCCUCCUCCUCGCCGUCAUCGUCUUAUGGGCCCGCCGCUCCAGCGCUCACCUCCGCGUCAACGCUGGCCUCGCCCUCUUCAUCGCCGCCCUCCUCGUCGUCCCCGUCAUGGAUGCCGCCUACGUCAGGGGCAAGCAGGGGCGCUACGCCGCCUUCGACGUCACCGUUGGCGCAGUGGUCCUCUCCGGCAUCGCCGACGCCCUCGUGCAGAGCGGCGUCAUCGGAUCCGCUGGGGAGCUCCCCGAGAGGUACAUGCAGGCCGUCGUAGCCGGCACCGCCGCAUCCGGGGUGCUUGCUUCAACUAUGAGAGUCAUUACCAAAGCCAUCUACCCACGGGAUGCCCAUGGGCUAAGGAAAAGCGCAAUUCUGUACUUCACCGUGGGCAUUGUGAUGAUGGUGAUCAAUAUCGUCUGCUACAACAUGGCGGACAGGCUUCCUGUCGUCCGAUACUACAGACACAUCAAGCUACAGGCAAUGGAAGACAAGAGGAACGAGAGAGGCCCCGCGAGUGGGUCUGCACUGGGGUCAACCCUGUGGCACAUCACGGGGAGGAUCAAAUGGAUUGGGCUUGGAAUCUUCCUCACCUAUGCUGUGACACUAUCCAUAUUCCCGGGAUAUAUCACGGAGGAUGUUCACUCCGAGUUGCUCAAGGACUGGUAUCCCAUCAUGCUCAUCGCCGGAUACAACGUGUUUGAUCUGGUAGGGAAGUCUCUGACGGCGGUCUACCUCGUUGAGAAUGCCAACGUUGCGGUAUCUAGCUGCGUCGCAAGGCUUCUCUUCUACCCACUUUUUGUUGGUUGUUUGCGUGGCCCCAAGUUCUUCCGCACGGAAGUCCCGGUCACCGUUUUGACAUGCCUCCUGGGGCUAACCAAUGGGUAUUUGACUUCAGUGCUGAUGAUAAUGGCACCCAAGUCCGUGCCGAUACAGCAUUCAGAGACGGCAGGGAUUGUCAGUGUAUUGUUCCUAGCAAUUGGCCUGUCUUUUGGGUCAAUAGUUUCUUGGUUUUGGGUCAUUUAG